AUGACCUACGAUGCAGUCUUCCGUGUUUUCGUGGGAUCUGAAGCUGUUUCGAGAGAUCCAUCUCACCAUGCAAUGCGAAGUCGCUGCGCUUACCGCCUAUGGAUGAGAAGAGAUUUGCAGAACAGUUGGCACUUGGAACGUGUGAGGCAGAUGAAGGUGUACGCGCAUUGGGCAUUUUUGCGACUGAUGGGCCUGCGUGGUCAGAUGUGUCUGCUUGUGGCCAUUUGGUGGGCUGUUUCUGCAGCAAUCACCGUAGUCAUGAAGCAAACAGUUGGUAGUGAUGGGGGGUAUCAGUUUCCAUUUGCGUUGACCGCUUUGACGAAUGGUGUGUGUGGCUGGUUUUCAAUGUGCGCCUGCUUUUGCCAAAAAGGCAAUUUCUGGAACAACAGCAGUUUGCGAAGGAUAGAUGUGGCCCAACUGAUUUUCCUGGGCAUUUUGCAAGGGGUGGAGAUUGGAAUGUCAAAUAAGUCUCUGCAUUUUCUGUCCGUUUCAACCCGCACCAUCUUGAAUUCAACGAGUGUUUUGUUCAUGAUGAUUUCGGCACAGUUCUGGGGCAUUGAGCAGUUGGAUCGGCUUCGAAUCCUCAGUGCAGCUUUUCAAAUACUGGGAGGCUUUCUCAAUGCUUUAGGGGCUUCGCAUCCUCACACUGUUGGUGACACGAAGUCCUUUUCACAAGAAGAGAUUGAAGAAGCCAACGAUCAGAUUUCAGGAACUUUGCUUCAACUGUGCACAUUGCUGAUAGCUUCUCAGCGAUGGGUCAUGUUGCAGUCGCUCAUGCAGAAGUCCAGCCUGCGUUUAGGCAAGCUUGAGCUUUCUGCCUGGAUUAUGCCGGUGACCUCCUUGGUUUGUUUCAUGAUGGCAGCUGCAUUUGAGACUCCUGCCCUUAGCUUGUCCCUAAUGCUUGAUGCUGGUCUUCCACGGGUUGUCCUCAUCAUUGCAUGCGGUAUCACCAUCCUGACCGUGGCUGAAUUGCGACUAGUGCACAUUUCCUCGGCUGUGGCAUUGCAAGUGUUGGCCACAUUGCACCAGAUUCCGUUGGUGAUAACCGGAGUCGUAUUUUUUCAGGAUUCCGUGGAGUUGGUGAGUGGCAUGGGGUUCACGUGCUGUUUGCUCGGUGCCCUUUGCUACGCUGGUGCGAAGCAUUCGCCCACCGCCAGCUCACAAGAACAUGAACAUGGCACAGAGCUGCUGCCUGUCUUAGAAGAUGAUGAAUCUCAUGGUUUUCGGCGCCUAGCUGCGCCCAGCCGCACCGGAAGCCGCUCAGGAAGCCCGCGUCCACAUGUUCCGGGCUGA